AUGAGCGCUGAACCGUCGAAGCUACCUAAAGAACCUGAAACUGUUUAUAUUAGUCCCUUAUGGUCAUUUAAUCCCGAUCAUCCUCCUUCAAAUUCUGGGUCAUCAUCUUUCAACAUCUCUGAACGCACGUCUUCCUCUUCAAAUAUUUCCCCUCUUCCCAAUAUAAACAGCUUUCUUCACUCUGGCGAGACUCCUAUAACUAAUGAAGCUCUUUCACACUCUCUCCUUCAUCAACAAGAAUUAAGUAGGUAUCCAGCUUUUUCCGCCAAUCCAAAAAAUGGCUCUACUUCCUCUGCGAGUAGCAGAGAAGGAUUAAAAGGUUCAGAAUACACUCAAAGUAUCAUUAAUCCGUCCUUAUUCAGCCACUUAGACUUUAAUUGGAUUUACCGUUUUAAAGAGGAGGAUGACGAUAUUCAUAAUCCAAAGUCAUCAGUUAUCAGCUUCAGUAAGGAGAAGAAAUAUUUGGGUUGGUCUCGCUUUGCCGAUAUAUUAUCACUUGUUCUUUUAGCUCUGGGUAUUUUCCUGCUUUUCAUAGUGUUCCCAGCUUUGACAUAUACUGGAAACAUUUCUCCUAAAAAGGAUUAUGAUCCUGUUAUGGCUGACCAAAUUACUGAUCACCUAUUCAGUCAUUUACGUUUUCCUCGAACUAACCUAGUUGAUCCUGACACACCAGAAUCGGCUCAUACCAGACUUGAUGUGAAUGGGAAAAUCCAUCAACUUGUAUUUUCAGAUGAGUUUAAUAAGCCUGGUAGGACCUUUUAUGCUGGAGAUGACCAAUUCUGGGAGGCUGCUGAUUUGCAUUAUGCAGCGACGAAUGACCUCGAAUGGUAUGAUCCAGAUGCAAUAACUACAGUCAAUGGUACAUUGGCUAUUCGGUUGGAUGCUUUUGGAAAUCAUAAUUUGAAUUUUCGAUCCGGUAUGUUGCAGUCGUGGAAUAAACUUUGUUGGAAAGGAGGAAUUAUAGAGAUCUCUGCAUCUCUUGCAGGCUCUGGUGAGCAUGCUGGUUUAUGGCCUGGUUUAUGGACAAUUGGCAACCUUGCUCGUCCUGGUUAUAUGGCCACAACAGAUGGAGUAUGGCCUUAUUCUUAUUCCCAGUGUGACGCGGGAAUAACACCAAAUCAGUCAUCAUGGGAUGGUAUAUCGUAUUUACCCGGACAGAGAUUGGCUAGCUGCACAUGUGCUGGGGAAGACCAUCCUAGCCCUGGCGUUGGUCGUGGCGCACCAGAAAUUGAUGCGCUUGAAGGUUCCACUGAAAAGCUUCAUCCGGAGGAUGAGCUUGACGUUGGCUCCGCUUCCCAGUCUAGUCAAUUUGCUCCUUUCGAUAUGUAUUACUAUCCAAAUUAUGAUUUUUUGGUAAUCCAUAAUCACAGCAUAACCCACAUGAAUUCUUAUGUGGGUGGGCCGUUCCAAGAAGCAGUAUCUGGAAUAACUAUUUUAAAUAAUAGUUGGUACGAAGGAAAGGCCUUCCAGACUUAUGGUUUUGACUAUAAACCAGGUGAAGCUGACGGGUAUGUGUCAUGGUUUGUAGGUUCAAAUAACACCUGGUCAAUGCUUGGACAAGCUGUUGGUCCCAACGGUAACGUUGGGGCUCGACAAAUAAGCCAAGAACCCAUGUCGAUUGUUUUUAACCUUGGUAUAUCAAACAACUGGGCUUAUUACUAUUUCCGAGACCUGCAAUUUCCUGCUAUCAUGUCCAUUGAUUACAUUCGUAUUUAUCAGGAUCCUGAUAAUGACAAUAUGCACAUUGGAUGUGAUCCCCCGGGUUAUCCUACAACUGAGUAUAUCGCUAAUCAUCCUAUUGCUUAUAAAAACCCAAACAAAACGAGUUGGGAAAUGACUGGAUAUGAAUGGCCAAAGAAUAGUCUAAUGCAUGAUUGUAAUAUAUAA